UCAGCCAUAUUUAUUAUCCUUUCCUUUUUGACGUUCCUGUCAUAAUCAAAACAGCACGUGUGAAAAAUGCGUAUAGAAACGUGUUAUUUCUGCUCCUCCAGGAUAUAUCCUGGACAUGGGAUCCAAUUCGUGAGAAACGAUUGCAAGAUUUUCAGAUUCUGCCGUUCAAAAUGCCACGCAGCAUUCAAAAAGAAGAAGAACCCGCGUAAAACCAAAUGGACCAAAGCUUACCGUAAGACCGCUGGCAAGGAAUUGGCUAUUGACCCAUCGUUUGAGUUCGAAAAGCGUCGUCACGCUCCCGUCAAGUACAACAGGGAGUUAUGGACAAAGACCAUCGAAGCUAUGAAAAAGGUCGAGGAGAUUAGGCAGAAGCGGUCCAACAACUACAUCAUGCAGAGGCUGAGGAAAGGACGCGAGGUUGAGUGGCAGAGGGAUGUUAGAGAAGUGCAGAGAGAUAUCUCACUUAUCAGAUCACCAGCAGCAGGCCUCAAACAGCGCCAAGCCGAAGAAGAAACUGAAAUGGAGGUUGAACCGGAAACCAUUGAAGUGGUUGAUGCUAAGGGCCGCAAACAAAUCAUCGAGGCUCCUGUUAUGGUGCCUGCCGUGGGAGAAAUGAUUGAAGAUGGAGGCGACAUUGAACUGUAAUUUGUUAUUGCUAAAUGUAUUUUUUAAAUGAUGUGGCAUAGCAGUGGAAUAAAGUGGAAUCUAUCUUUGUGUGUAUGUGUAUGUGGAAAUAAAUACAGUGUAGUUGUCCACAUAAAUAGUAUUAAGACAUUCACACUGGUGUAGCUGUAGCAUCCAUAAUAUGAAUAUACAUGUACAACUGUAAAAAUAUGGGUGCCCACAUCUUACUAAAAUAUAUGUCUCAUAGCUCUUAUGUCGGUGAAUUGAGAACCUAUGAGACAUAUUUUUGAGUAAGUUGUAUGCACCCAUAUUUUUACACUUGACUGUACCUAAAUCAUAAACAAUUGUUUGUGUUAACUUACAAAGUGAAUGUUUUAAUACUGCAGAGAAGAAACUGUUAAUUUUUUUAAUACAAUUGUUUAUCUUAGUUAAAUAAAUUCAUAAUUAAAUGUG